AUCGCUUCGUGUCAAUCAGAAAAAUCGCUUGCACGGGCGACUCUGCGCGGCGUCAUGGCAUGUCCUACCUUCGAGGAGCUGCUGGACGAGCAGCUGGCGUCGCUCAGGGCUUCGCUGCUGCGCAAACACGCCUUCGAAGUGCGACGCAGCACAUGUUCCAGAUCGCAAGAUGAUUUCAACCUGAUGAUAAGCGAUGAGAGUUUUCAUCGCUUUGACGAUGGCGUUCCGUGGGAACGCUCAAGAUCCGACGUUCACAUCGGCACUGCCGAGGACCUGAACGAUCCCAUCCCAAGUGAAUUUGAAGAUCUGCCUCCCUGGACGCGCUUCGUGGUCAAACUCUUGGAACAAGGGAAAGAAGAGGAGACGGAAAGCGUGUCUCUGAAUUCCAACAAGGGCGCAUUAAAGAUGCGCGACACCUGGAAAGUCUCCCUGCACGAUGGUGCUCAACAAACGGGUCGAAGUGCAUAUCAGGUGAGCAUUUUAUCCAAGAAUAUGUCGCUGAAGAUCAACGACGCCGUGACGGACGACAGCUGUUUGCAACGCUUCGUCUGUGGACCUCACAGCACACCGCAGCUCGCGUGGUCCAUGCUUGCCUGCGUUUUUAUCCUGUGGGAUGUGAUCACGAUGCCACUGGAGAUGUUUAACGUGUCAUGGCUGAUGCAGGUGCUGGAUGUGGCUGGCAUUGUCACCUUUGCAUUUUGGACUUUGGACAUCCCGUUGCACUUCAUCUUCGGCAUCCAACUCGAAGGAACGCUGGAACUGCGUCCCAAAAAGUUGGCUCAGAUCUAUCUUCGUUCAUGGUUCGCCUUAGAUGUGUUGGUCGUGCUGAUCGACAUCUUCGUUUUCAUCUUGGAAGCGGUUCUCACCAAUGGCAUGGAAGGAUCCAUGAUCCGUUCUGCCAGGUAUCUGCGUAUCUUGCGCUUGCUGCGCCUGGCGCGCUUGUUGCGAGUGAUCAAAUUGACGCGCGAGCUGACUUUGUUGGCCAAUCGCUUCCUUUCCACCCACGCCUUUAUGGUGAUGAAAAUUGUGGCCGGACUUGGUAUGAUGAUUGCUAUGAACCAUUUGGUCGCCUGCGUUUGGUACGGUCUUGCUUCCAUGAGAGCGGAAGAUGACAAUUGGGUCGCAUCCAUGGGCUUGGAACGCGCUGGCUUUGGAACGUCCUAUGCUGCCUCUAUGCAUUGGGCGUUAACGCAAUUUACCCCGGCCACUACGAACAUCGCGCCGGUGAGUGGCUUAGAGAGGUGGUUCGCGCUAUUGAUCGUUCUGCUCGCCAUGGGCGUUUUCUCGUCCUUCAUCGGCUCCAUCAGCGCCACGGUCUCCUCGCUGCGUUCCGCGCGCUCGGAGCAGGCGCAGAAGCAGAGCAAGCUGCUGCAGUUCUUCAUCGAACGAGAUUUGUCCGUGGAUCUGUACAUGAAGGUGCAGGAAGCCCUGCGUCGUGAAGGCGCCUUCCGCAUGCGCAGCGCAGAGGACGAGGUGGAGAUGAUUCAAGGGAUCCCUGAGAGGUUCAAGAUCCAGCUGCACGAAGAGAUGUACGCCUCAACCUUGGCCAAGUGUCACUUCUGGCCGGAGAGGCAGCUCCAGGAAGACGAGCAGUUCUUCAUCCGGCUGCUGUGUCACCAGUGCCUCUCGGAAGCCGCUGCCGCGCCGGGGCAAGACGUGUUUCUGCCGGGCAACGACUGCGCACAGGCCUAUGUGAUGCAGACUGGACUUAUGUCCUACCAUGGUAAGGAAAACUUUGAGCAGAACUGCUCUGCCGAGAUGAACUCCUGUCUUUGCAUCACAGCGCUUUGGGCGGACUGGCACACCCGCGGCCGCUUCGCCGCUGCGCACGGCUUAUGUUACUUCGUGACCAUCGAUGCCGAGGGCUUCUGCACCAGUUCGUUGAACUAUGGUGGAUCCAUCUAUGCACAUUUGCAGAUCUUUGGCAUUCUCUUGGUGGGUCAUGUGGAAGCCUUGGAUGAAGAGGAUUUGUUAAUGACAGAUCUGGUGGAUGAAUCUGUCAUGGCGGAGCUCAGGGUUCGAGCGCAGCAGUACUGCGCUUUUGCAGGAGAUUUGAAGAAGAAGCGCUACAAAACCACCAUCUUCCAGGGCUUCAAACCGGACCCACAGGAUAGUUGGGCACUCUCCAGCAUGGUUCGAAGCAAACAAAAUAGCGAGGCAUCAGCGUCCUAGGAAAGACGGUCCUGGAAAGAUUGGUGUAGGUCGUACAAGGUGGGGCCCCCAGUCGAUAGC